UGGGAAUGGAGAGCAAAUCCAGAUCAAUGGAUUCCCUAUGACUUGGCAUCAUCGUCUGAACUCGAAGAUGCGUAUCAACAUAAGAAGACAUCUAUUUUUCCAAAGCAAGGGUACUUUGCUUCAAUACCAGAUCGAUAUGAAGUGCGAUUUAAUUAUGCAUUGGGACGUUUUCAACAGCACAAUCUCUCAGGUGGUGGAAUUCGUCGAAUUAGAAGGGUCGCGAAUGAUGACAACUCAAUUUUGCAACCUGUUGCAUUCCAUGAAGUGACAUCUGAAGAUAGUUGUAUCAUUUGUCUGGAUAUUUUUCAAGAUCCCAGUUCGGUUUCUAUUGAACAACAAGUAGUUAAACUUCCUCCUUGUCACGGUCAUUAUUUUCAUCGAUCAUGCGUUGCAGCCGCAAUUAAACUAAGAGAUGAAUGUCCAAUGUGCAAGAAAAGACUUGAUUAUUAA